UAAAUCUUCCUUUCCUGUAGGUCUGGGCGGAACCGUCCUCGCCAUAACGUUGAGGGGGCGAUCAAAACGCCUUUUGAACCACUUGAAGAUUCUAAUUUUUACUUGAAUCUGCAUGAAUGUAGUUACACUAUAUACACCCCUUAAAACGUACGGAGUUUGGAUCCGCACAUACUGUUUACAUUUACUAUACCCAGCUCAGUGACGCCCAGUGUAUAGUGAUGGGUGUGCAGUAUUGGAUAAAGAAGGUGCUAGACCUAGAUCUGGACGUUUUAAAUUUCUUGUCCUGUAACCUACUUCUGUUUGGUGUUGUAGUAGUAGUUAUUUUACAGUUUCUUAGUACACCGUACGGUAGAUACGCACGUGAGGGUUGGGGGGCCGGGGUGAAUGCCAAGCUCGCGUGGUUUUUACAGGAACUUCCAGCAUUCCUCGUGCCGAUAUUACUUGUAUACUGGACGGAAUGUCCGAAAUUGGAGUUCAUCCCAAACAAACUCCUUUCAGGAUUGUUUUUGUUCCACUACUUUCAAAGGUCAUUGGUGUUCCCUUUCUUGAUCAGGGGCGGUAAGCCUACCCCCUUUAUUCCUUUCGUUCUCGCCUUCCUAUUCUGCGCGUGUAACGGAUACCUCCAAGUCGGAUACAUCAUCAAGUAUGCUGAUUUCGGUCGCAAAUGGAUGUGGAAUUCGAGAUUAUAUUUAGGUGUCUUCCUAUAUCUGAUGGGGAUGUUUAUCAAUCUUCAAGCUGACCAUAUUCUCAGAAACUUAAGAAAACCAGGGGAGACUGGCUAUAAAAUUCCUAACGGUAAGUUGUACUUUGUAGGUGGGAUGUUUGAGUACGUUUCCGGUGCCAACUUUUUUGGAGAGAUCCUGGAGUGGUUUGGAUUCGCCGUGGCUAAUGGAACUCUUCCCGCCAUUUCUUUCUUUUUCUUCACUUUAUGCAACAUAGGACCACGUGCCUGUCAUCAUCACAAGUGGUACAAAGAAAAAUUCGAAGACUACCCCAAACAAAGGAAAGCUUUGAUUCCAUUCAUUCUGUGAAGUAACCAAACAACACUAGUCAGUAGUCAGUGCUGCCUACGUCAGGUGUACACCAGCUGUUUGUGGAGCAGUUCUCUACGAUAUUGGGCUGGAGCACCAUCUAGUGUUGUAUACACCCUGAUUUUUCAUUGAUAUAAAACUGUAUGCUUUA